AUGUCUUCUGGGAAAACAUUUGGAUAUUUCCAUCCAUAUUGUAACGCUGGUGGUGGUGGUGAACGUGUUCUUUGGCAAGCUGUUGAAGCUACAUUAAACAAUAAUAGAUCCAAUAAAGUGGUGAUAUAUACAGGGGAUAUUGAUUCUUCAAGUGAUGAGAUUGUUUUCAAUGUGAAUAAAAGAUUCAAUAUUGAUUUAUCAAAAGUUCAGAAUAAUAGAUUAAAAUUCAUAUUCUUGAAUAAUAGAUCAUUAGUUGAUCCUAAAACUUGGCCAAUUUUAACUUUAUUAGGUCAAGCUAUUGGUUCAAUUAUAUUAGCUUAUGAAGCUGCUACCAAAUUCAAGCCUGAUGUUUGGGUAGAAACUAUGGGGUACCCUUUCACUUAUCUAUUAAUUCAUUAUCUUUUAGGAGUUCCAAUUUUAACUUAUACACAUUAUCCAGUUAUUUCAAAAGAUAUGUUGGGUAAAUUAAAUCCUUCAUUCACUUCUAUUUAUGGAUUAAAACAAAUUAUCAAGUAUAUCUAUUGGCAAAUAUUUAUGUUUAUCUAUACAAUUGCAGGUUAUUAUGCUGAUAUUGCAACAACAAAUUCUACUUGGACUUUUAAUCAUAUUAAAUCUAUAUGGUGGAAAAAUAAAGAUAUAAGUAUAAUUUAUCCACCUUGUUCAACUGAAAAUUUUGUUAAAUUAGAUGAUGGCUCAAGUUGGAAUAGGGAAAAUACCAUAGUAUCUGUUGCUCAAUUUCGUCCUGAAAAGAGACAUGGUUUAAUAUUACAAGAAUAUUCAAUUUUUUUACAAACAAUAACAAAUUUAUCAAAAGCUCCAAAAUUAGUACUUAUUGGAUCUAUAAGAGGUAAAUCUGAUGAAGAUUAUGUUAAAGAUUUACAAAAACAAGCAAAUGAUUUGAAAAUUCCAAAAAGUCAUAUUGAAUUCAUUCUUGAUGCUAAAUAUGAAGUUAUUCAACAAUAUUUACAAAAAUCUUCAUUUGGUUUAAAUGCCAUGUGGAAUGAACAUUUUGGUAUUGCUGUUGUGGAAUACGUUGCAAGUGGUCUUGUUCCAUUGGUUCAUGCAAGUGCUGGUCCAUUAUUAGAUAUUGUAGUACCUUGGGAUUCAAAAUUACAAAAACAAUCUGAUCAUAAUUCAAUCAAUAAUAGAACUGGAUUUUUCUUUAAAGAUAAAACAGAUCCAGAUUUUAAUAAUUUAAAUGAUCAAUCAAAAUAUCCUUCAUUAUCAGAAGUUUUCAUUGAAGUUUCUUCUUUAACAAAUGAUGAAAAAUUACAAAUCACAAAAAGAGGUAAGGAAUGUGUUUUAACAAAAUUUUCUGAUCAAACAUUCGAUUUAAAAUGGAUUGAAGCAAUUGGAAAAAUUGAAAAAAUUCCUAAAACUUCACCAAAGUUGAAUUUCUUAAUUCUAGGAAUUGUCUUCUUCGUGGGAUUAAUCGUUUCUAUAGUCAAAGGUAUAAAGAAUUAA